UCUCUGCACCAUUGGGCAUGCAAGCUGAGCAAUCCAGACCACCAAUAUCUAUUCCUAGCUUGCUAGCUGAUCCCAAUGGUGAGCACCACCGCUCUCUCUGUCUUGGCCGCGCUCCUGCUCCUCGCGGCCGCUGGGGCGCCGGCGUCCGCAGCUGAGAAGGAAACCCGGCUGCGGGUGUACUGGCACGACGUCGUGAGCGGCGGGCCGAACGCAACGGCGGUGCAGGUGGCGGAGGCGCCGUCCUCCAACGCCUCUGCCACGGGCUUCGGCAGCGUGGUCGUCAUCGACAACUCGCUUACCGACGGGCCCAACCUGACGUCGAGGCUCCUUGGCCGCGCGCAGGGCGUCUACGUCAGCGCCGGUAAGGACAACCUGUCGCUGUUCGUGGCCAUGAACUUCGUCUUCAUCGACGGCGAAUACAACGGGAGCAGCAUCGCCAUCAUCGGGCCCAAUCGGGCGGACCCGGCCGUCAGGGAGAUGCCCGUCGUCGGCGGCACCGGCGUCUUCCGGUUCGCGCGCGGCUACUGCCAGUUGCGGACCCACUGGUUCGAUGCCAAGACCGGCGACGCCACCGUCGAGUAUAAGAUCCAUCUCCGCCACGACUGAUGCGUCCUUCCUAGAGUAUACUCCCUCCGUCCCAAAAUAAGUGUCCGUACAACUUUGCACUAGAGUUAGCACAAAGUUGAGACACUUAUUUUGAGACGGAGGGAGUAUAUGAUUUCCCGAUUUUACCGUUAGCAUAAUGCGGGUUGUAAACAAACAUUUCAGUUUUGGAAUAAAGCAUAAUCUGGUCAA